AUGCGCGCCGCCCCAAUAUCAUCUUUGCUCAGGGCAAAGCUUGGCUCCUCUCCAUCUAACGGUUAUACUACUUUCCUUCCUCAAAUACGAAAGCUCGUUUUUGAAUACUGUGACAAAUGGCCGUCAUCUCACAACGCCAGAACAUAUAUCCUGAAUCAUGUCGAAUCAUUAGCCCGGGCGAAUCCUCACGUAGAACUUGUUGUCAGGCAGCGUCCUCAGAAUGAACCGAUUAUUCGUGGGUUCUAUAUCAAUAAUAGAGACAAGGUCAUCGGAUUAAAAGGUCUCGAAGUCACCGGAAUCCAGAAAAAGGUUCAGCUACUACUCGAUUCCUCUGGCGCCAAGAUCAAACCUCUGAAGAAGACUGUAGAGAGUUCUACAGAGGCCGCCAGGGGCAUCUGGAGUGGCCUUCACUCAGCCAGGCCUACGUUAUAA